UCGGUCACGGCACCAAAUUGUUAGCUCGUUUCGUCGAGCGAUCGAUAUCUGCGUUUUAUUUAAGAAAAAACAUCAUAUAUAUAUAAACAUGUCCGUCACGUACAAUAAUUCCAUAACAAAGAGAAGAAAAGAAGAGAAUAAAGGAAAACAAACAAUAACAUAGAGAGAGGUAGAAGAUACUAGAAAAUACGAUCGAGGGUUGGCCGCUAACAAAUGCCUAUGCUAAACUAUUGCCUAACGAGAGUAAACUACCAAUGGCAGCACCUCAAUUUCUCUGUCAAUAUUCAAACAUCAGCGAGUGCCUACCCAUAGAAGGACAGGAUCGGGUAAAUAUCAGGUGCCCCACAACGAAUGACUCUCGCAGUAUUUUGACCAUGACUUUUCCUUACGUGCUCAAAACAUACUGAGAGGCUCAUUCACUAUAGCGCACGCAAUAGAAUGCUGUUGUAUUCAUGUAAGGUGGAUGUUGUCCUCAUAGUUUACAUUGACAAUUUGGAACCCCACCAUUCAUCCAGUCAUUCAUCAUGCUCGUGUACCUGUUACAAAAGAAUAUUUGAUUCGCGAUCCAAUGGGGAGCACUGUUCCAGCCGAAGUACGAAUGUACAUGAGAUCAUUGUGGAAUAUCUAUUAUGUUCUAUAUUAGUAUCUCUCGAUUCCAAACACCACAAAAAACAUUCCUGGUCGAAAGAGUUCUGCUCAAAACCAGCACAUAUUCACAACUUCGUUGCCUGCUCUUGGUUUUAACACUUAUUAUUUCGAAGUUAAAAGUAAAAUCACUGUUUAACUCAUCCGUUUUUUGACUGGCUGAUAUAAUAGGUGGUGAGAAAAUCGAGGAGAAAAAGGUGACAACGACCCGAAACAAAGCUUGCACUUUGGAGAACGAAGUAAGAGAUGAGAUUGCGCUAUAAAAUCGAAUUGAGUUGCCAUUGGUAGCAUCUCCGAGUCGAAUUUGACGAUCAAGGCAAUUUACAUCAGAUCAUCAAUUUGGAGCAGCGCAUUGCAGUACCAUUCGCUGCUCAAGGUUUCUACUGGUACACAAGUAAGUGAGUUCUAGCAUGUAAUGAGAAAAUGGAGUAAGACUUCACCCGCGCAAGGUGCAAGUUUCUCUACAGAAGCGUCCAGUCGACUUUCACUCAAUGAACGAAUAAGAGAAAAAACUGAAACUUUUGUACGAGCUGAUUAUCUGUGAGAUGAAUCACGAAAGAAUUCUUUAAAAAAUUCGCAUUUGUCUACUGAAUUUUACGUAUAGUCCGUACACUGACGAUACGAAAACGUUAGUAGGUUUGAUGUCGUUCGUUUCUUAAUUCAUUUUCAAGGUUUCCCAGGUAACAGUUCUCUUCCAGAAUUUCAAGCAUCAGGUGCCUACGUUUUCCGACCGUUGACAUCGGAGACACAGCCAGUGAGCACCACUCGUGCGAUGUAAGUGGCUCAUAGAAAUGAUUUUCGCCUAUUUUCAAUUAUAAAAUUAGAACGUGUACAAAAACGGAAACAGUGCAAUCUGCUAUGAUUGUAUUCAAUGAAUGGGCUAGUCAAGAAGUGAGCCUCUACCGCGAAAUGCCAACUGUUGAAGUAGAAUGGACAGUUGGACCCAUUCCGAUUGAUGAUAAUGUCGGUAAGGAGAUUGUUGUACGAUAUGAUACCGAUAUUAAAAGUGCAUCGAAAUAUUAUACGGAUGCCAAUGGGCGUCAAGUACUCGAACGAAUACGUGACUAUCGUCCAACAUGGAAUUAUUCCAUUGUCGAAAAUGUCAGUGGUAAUUAUUAUCCGAUAAAUAGUCGCAUUUGGAUCCAAGAUGGCACACGCCAAUUGACUGUACUCACAGGUAAUAAUGAUAAUGACUAA